CCCUCCAGAUGUCUACUAUGAGCAGGUCCAGGGCCAGCCUUUCCCCAGCAGCGUCAGAGAGGUCCACCUUACCUAUGGGUGCGUCCGCUGAGCCCGGCAGCCCGGACUUCAAGUCACUUGAACAACCGACGAGGGAGCAGCUGCUAAACCACUUUUUUGAAAGAUUCAAGUUCUACACAUCGCUCUGUCUCGGCACGUCAGCUAUACUCGCAGUGUUUGCCUUCCUCUUCUUAAUACCAUUCGUCGUGGAACCAGCUAUACAGACGAUCCUGGCAGAGUUCGUGCCCGAAGCCGGCAUCUGUUCAGUUUCCCAGCACGUUCACGCAGAAACCUUAACGAACUGCACAUGGGCGUCUUGCAGGGAAGGCUGUACGACGGCUCAUACGAAAUGCCACAAAAUUCGUGUGAAUUUAGUAAGAAGGCCUUUCGUGGAAUCAGCGCCGGUACCAACCGAAUGGGACGAGACUGAUUUGAAGUUCCUUAUAAACCCUGAAGGGUGUGGGUAUCCUCCGACUGUGAAUUGCUCGGUGUUUGCAAGUGAUUACGCGGGGCCGAGGGCUCCGAAGACUUUUCCUUGCUACUACAGUCUGACGCGGCCGGACCUGGUGGUGGCGCGGUAUUCGUGGGAGUCGACCGUGCGAGGGUUGGUUCUGGCGCUGGUGCUACCCACCACUGUCUUCGUGUUCAGUCUGAGCGUGCUCGCGUACUGGCACUGUCGUUGCUGCGACAGGGCGUGUAACAGACGGGUGCACGCCGAAUCGUUCGCGAGCAAAGAGGAUAGCAAACUAUUGUGCGAGUUGGAUGAUGACCCGAGCGACGAUGUGUUCUGACGCCGAGCUUCAGCCGCCCGCCGCCGUGCCUCCCCAAGAAACCCUGAUGGUUACACGCAACUGUAAACCUGCAUGGUUGCCGCGUGGUUGCUGCGUGGCUGCUGCGUGGGUAACGCGUGGGCGACGCGUACUAGCUGCGUGGUUGCCGCAUCGUCACUUCUUUCAGGGUCUCCCUAACCACAUUACCUUACCGUUCUAAAUCCAACAUGAUUUCCUCGUUCUCACUAUCAAUUGAAAAGUUCACAUAAACAAAGGUUGUGACAUAUAAUUACGCUCUUGCUACAGUGCUAUAGAUUCGUUUACAACCUUCAUUACCUAAGAAAUGCAUUAACUAAAAUUACACUUAAAAUUAAAUUGAAAUUAAUUGAUAUUUUUGUGGAUUUUUCAAUUGGUAGUUUUCUGUCUAUUUCAAUCUUGCUCUAUCCAUAAUACAAGUAGUAUGCAAAACGAAGAUAUUUAAUAGAAAAAGGCUGCAAAAAACUGGGGAGGAGUAAUCGGAACAGUAUUAACGUUUUACGACUUUUUGGCGGGCAAAAAGGCUUCUGCUUAAAUCUAUUUAUAAAAAACUAAAGAAAAUACUAAGAAUCGUCUCUUUAUUCUUAAUCUGAGCUAUGCCGGAUAGAUUUAAGUCAUUUAUUUAUAUUUUUUAAGCUUCCGGAAACGCGUGACUGUUUUAUUUUAUUUUGUACUUAUAAUGUUAAUAUUAAACUUAGUUAGAAAAAAAAUAUCAUACGAAUAUCAUGUUCAAAAUCGUGUACCUUAAUAAAAAUAGUGAACCAUAUUUUUCGUCAGCAUUUUUUUGGGAAUCGCAUUUAAUGUAGACAAUAUUUAUCAUCUCAAAUACAAAUAAAUAAUUUAUAAAUAAAUGUAGCGAACACUUUCAAAACUUUAUUCACAUGCCUGAAAUUCGCAAAUAUUG